CCAGUGGUUUGCUCUUCACUCCAGCUGAUCGGCCCAGUGUCCCCCGGUGGCUCUGACCGUCGUGUGUUUUUGACGCUUUCAACGUUUACUUUAGCUGCUUUUAUUUCACUAUUCCGUGGCCGCUCGUGACGGCAAACAGUCCUUUCAAAAACGGAACCCGUAAGGAUUAAUCUGGACCCAGUUUGGACUUCUGAAGCCAAGGUGAUCUGAAUACAGAGGCCUUCACUCCAUCCACGGAUUCACCUGCUACGCGGACAGCUCGUCACGGCACACCGACAUGGGGGACACGGGAAGUGAAGGCAGCAAGCCUUCGACCAACGUCAACGUUAUACCUCCACGCUGUCCCUGUGGCUUUUGGGGGUCAAGCAAAACUAAGAAUCUCUGCUCCAAAUGUUUUGCAGACAUUCAGAAUAAACAACCAAAUGAUGACUGUGCUCCAAAGACUUCUUCAAGCACCAGCAGCAGUCAAACAGACAUCUUCUGUAAUGAAACAAACAGCAGCAUCAGUCAAUCCCUGAUGUCAAUACCCAACACUUCAGAGGACUCUUUGCCAGGAGACACUGGAGAGGCCUCUGUUCAGAAAGGCGUAUGCAGCACAGACACAGCCUUGGGUUCCCUCUCCACUCCCACAAAGCGUUCGUAUGAAUCCGCCUCAGAGUCAGAAAGUGACGUUUCACCAGAGAAGCGGGUGCGAGUGAGUGAGGUCCCAGAACCUGAGGAGUGUUCAUCAGCAUCGUCAUCUUUGUCAGCAUCAUCACUGCUACCUUCGUCUCGCAGCGGCUCUAAGCAGCGGAGCCGCAAACGGUGCCAUAGCUGCCAAACUAAACUGGAGCUGGUACAGCAAGAACUGGGCUCCUGUCGCUGUGGUUACGUCUUCUGUAUGCUUCAUCGUCUUCCUGAGCAACACGAGUGUCUCUUUGACCACCUGGGACACGGACGUCAGGAGGCCGUCCUCAAGAUGGUGAAACUCGACCGUAAGGUGGGCCGAUCCUGCCAGCGCAUCGGAGAGGAGUGCUCCUGAGCGGCCAUUCCCUCCAGGAAAAUCCUCUGCGUUCAGAUGGUCUCUCAGUGCAAACAGGGAUAUGAUUUCCGCUUCUUAUUUCGUACAUGAGGUUUUUUAUUUUUAAUUUUUUUGCUGGAAACAAACCUGCCUUCUUUAAGUUUUAAGUUCAGCCAGCUCAUUCUUUAGAAUUUUGAACAAUUCCCUCGUUUGUUUCCUGCUCCUGUUGGCUUGAUCAUAUCCCUUCUGCUAAGAUGCCUUUUGGAAAAACAAGCAAACCUAAUACAGACGGAACAAUCUAGAGUGAAGAAAAUGAUUUCUUCACUUCCUUGGGAGCUUUUAACGACAGAAGUCUGAAUGGUGCGAAAGUGAGUAAAGCUUUGUCAAGAGAAAACACAAUGCUUCAUACAGUUGUUUGUUUUGGAAACCAGACUGUACUCUUUACCUCAGAAAUAAAGGAACAACAUGAAACUUAAAGAAUGAUUAGGAGGAGAAAAAGGAGAAGAAUCGGUUAUCCUUCUUGCACACUCUGGCUUUGGCGCUGUUUAUAAGACUAUUCUCUUUACCUCAAAAUCCAGACCAGAGCUGCUUUGAACUCUGCGCCAAGAAUGGACGUUGUGAGGCCAGCCAGCUCACCAGCCUCGUUUCAUGUCUAACCUCCACCCCGGCCAUCCAACGCUUUUAAUCCGAAACCGUUAAUCACCCACCUCAGGAUUCUGAAGCUCCACAUCCCUGGACCCUUCCUCUUCUGCUUCACGGAUUCUAUUCUAGUUUUUUUUUGUUCUGAUUGAAGGUUUUUCUGGAAAAGUGUCGUGACACUGAUAGUCUAUACUCAGAACUUGCAGCCUGGGUCAAACUCAAACACAGAGUCACGGUGCAGACAGGAACUGCUUGUCCUUGGAUUCACACAACGACCUGUUGUCAAUGUCAGGAAGGGACUGAAGAUUUAAUUAGCUUUUUGUUUUGCACCCACCCCUCCUUUUAUUCACGUUAACCUUUAAAAUGUAGGCAUUUCCUCUUCACAUCUGAUUUCUUCAUGAACACGUGUGGCUUGUGCAUACUGGAUGUACUGAUGAACACAUUUACAGAUCGUUGGACUGUGUGCAUUAAUAAUAACCAGGCUGGACGUGGAAUGUUUGUAAUGUUACAUGUUAACUACACUUUUGCAAACACACGGCCUGACCUUUUGCGUUGUCCUACGUGCUCAGCUGCUGUUAAACCUGAGCACACACGUGUACAAUGAAACAUUGAUGUAUUCUCCUACCGUGGACAGGAGCAACUGUAGGUAAAUAAGAGGCUCUUAAGGUCACCCCUUCAAUGUUUCACAGCUUCACUGCUGAUGUUAAAGCUAAAAGUCUUUAUCCCCAAUGUGUUUUUGUUCCCCACCAGCUUGAUAAUCAUAUGCAUUUUCCUCAUUUUCAUUUUAUUUCCCUUAAUCCGUAGCUUUUCCUCCUCCUCUCACCCUCGCUGCCUCCUUUUUCAUCCUUUGUUUUGAGGUAAAGAAGGAAUUACAGCUGUGAUGAGCAUAUAGUUACUUUUUGAAAUAUUUUCUUGGUGGACUUUGGAAAAAGAAAAAAAAAGCUUGAAUCUCGUGUAUCUUAAAGAAAACCUUGUUUCGAUUCCUUUAAGUUUCAGAUUUACAUUUAGGCACUGAGUUGUGUUUCUGGUUGUAACGCAGUUCUAAAAGUGGGAAAAUGAUUGUGUAAGAUUAUAUAUUUUGUUUCAUUUGCUUUACUUUUGCUUUCCAACUCCUUUUCCUUUACUGAAUAAAAAUAAAACUGGGUUAGGCAAAACAUGGA